AUGUGGCGGGGCGCGGCCGCGGGGCUGCUGUGCCUGGCCGCCGCCUGGCUGCUGAGCCGCGGGUUCGAGCCCCGCGCCCGCCUGCUCCGCGCCGCGGAGCUGCGCCGCUACCGGGGGGCGCCGGGCGAGCCCGGGCUCUACCUCGCCCUGCUGGGACGGGUGUUCGAUGUGGAGCGGGGCCGCAAGCACUACGGGCCCGGCGGCGCCUACAGCGGGCUCGCAGGCAGAGAUGCCACCAGAGCGUUUGCCAGCGGCGACUUCACCCCGGCGGGGCUGGUGGACACCGUGUCGGGGCUGUCACCCGCAGAGCUGCUCUCCAUCCACCGCUGGCUGAGCUUCUACAGCGACAACUACGAGCCCGUGGGGAAGCUGGUGGGCAGAUUCUACGAUGAAAAUGGGGCACCAACAGAAGCCCUGAGGGAAGUUGAGGCUGCCAUUGAGGAAGCUCUCAAAUUCCAAGCAGAAAGUGAGCAGAGGAAGCAGCAAUUCCCACCCUGCAACUCUGAAUGGAGCUCUGCUAAAGGCACCCGGUUCUGGUGCUCCAGACAGAGCGGGGGCGUGCACAGAGACUGGGCCGGAGUCCCUCGGCAGCUGUUCAGCCCCGGCUGGCAGGGGAGCCGCUGUGUGUGUGUCAGGAGCUCGGGCCCUCCCUGGGGACAGCCACACUCCCAGCACAGCGACAGAGGGGACCUGGACAACCCCCACCUGCGGCAGUACGAGGGCUGCCCUCCCCUGGCCGAGCAGUGUGUGCUCCUCACGGGCUGACUGCAGGGCAGGGACAGUCCUGCACUCAAACCUUGCCCUGCGGGUGGGCAGCUCCAGCUUCAUCCCUUCCACCUGUCCAUGCAAAGGGAGCAAGAACAAUCUCUUGUUAUUUGUGAUGCUUUCUAACACAUGGAGAUGGAGUUGAGAGAAGGAGGAAACACUUCAGCCAGGUUAGGGGCUAAAAAAUCAAGGAAUGGGAUGCUUUCUUUAUUUCUGUAGGAAAUAUUUUUGCACCUGGGAACAAACUGUAAGAUACACAGCCUGAAUUGUAUUUCUGCACAUUUCUUGUGCAGUCAGGAAAUGGAUGUUUGUGUGCACAGGGUGGGACUGUGCUGUGGUUUAAGGCAGCAAGGUCAGUGAGCCCAGGAGCUGCUGCAGCAUCACUGCACACAGUUCCUGCAGUCCUCAGGGCAGUGCUGAUGCUCCUUCCCAGGCACCUGACUCACUCCAAAGAGUUUAAAGGUAGCAGGGAGAACCCUGAAUUUCCUCUGCAGUUACACACAAGCUUUAUCAAAUUCUUGGAGGAGAGAAGGCAAAGGCCAGAGUUGUAUUUCCUCACUCAGUGUUUGCAUUAGAUACUGUGCCAAGAUAUUGAAGCCACCUAUGAUAAUUGUUGUUUGAUAUUAACCUCACUCUCCUGGUCUGUGAUUCACCACUUUCAAACUGCUCUGAUCAGGAAUGAGUAGUUUUAAAUAGCUUUCUUUUUAUUGCCUGGGUGGCAACAGAACCAUCCUACUAUAAUCUGCCUCCUGUUUCCAUUCUGGUGUAAGACUUCCUCCCAUCUGGUCUGUACCUCUCAGACUAUAACCUGAGCUGGAUGUGCCCUUACAAGACCCAGCACUUGUAAAAUCCAUACUUGCUGUAUCACAGCUGGCAGAAUUCAGCAGUGUGAGUGACUCCCAGAAAUGCAGACAGGUUAUUACCCUUUCUGGGUUGGGCUAAAAGGGAGGAAGGAAUACCUGCACAGGGUUCAGGCACUACAGACCUCAAGCUGCAGGGAAGCAGUUGCUGGUUUUAAAGGAAUCUGCUGUUAAAAUCAGUUUUGGUGUAGCUGAGCUUUGAGAGAGAUGCAGAUCAGGGUCCAGUGGUGGCACAAGUCCCUGCUGAGUUGUGGUCAGUUCUUCUCCUUAAGGCAGCUGCCACCUGUAUUUAAGCAGCUGGAAAGUGUUUAUAAACUGAUUUUUAGCUACCAGCACCUCUAAAGAGAGGCCCAGAAUCCAAGUGAUCAGUUAGUUAAUUAUCAAGUUUACAGGAGGCAGCAUUCACUCCUGUGCAGUAUUUCUCACUGAUAAAAGCUCAGAGGAUGCUGCAGCUGUCAGGGAUGAAGCCACACAGCAACUUAAAUAUGUACACACUUGUUGUAACAGGGGGGUGUGAGGGGGUUGUGUUUUUAUUUUGGGGGUUUUUUACCUCUCAUCAUCCUGAAGAGAAGCUGGGAUCACUCACAGGGGAGCAGGAUGUGUGGCAGAACCAAACCUCAGCCCUGGGCUUGAGCCGUCUUUGGUGGUGGAGGGAGAAACUCAUUUCACACAGUGCUGCAGAGCAAGCCUUGUAAAAAGUGCAGGAAAGAGCUGCAAAGCAGCACCUCACUGCCUCCACAACUCUGGCCUUUGCCACAUUUAAGAAGACACCACUGCUUUAAAAAGAAAUUGCAUUUAAAGUAGUGAAACCAUCCACCCAAAUGAUUUAAAAGAGCCUUCAAAAGAGCUUUUUAAAGCCAUUUAAAAGUUGCAGCAAAUUCCAGACUUUUAAAUGCUGUAAGAAGGAGUUUGUGAGGGCACACCAGGCCCAGUGAAGGUGGACCAGCUUGACUUUCUAAGCAAGUUUCAUCUUGCUGUAACACUCAAUCACUAUGCAAAUAGUGCUGAGGGGAUGGUUUUGAUAGCAAGAGCUACACAAAAAUCAAAUAAACUGCUGCAGAAAGGCAGGGCAGGAAGGUGUUGGUUCAAGUUGAAGUUGGUUGAAAACCAGUUCCCAGCUUAUUCCUCAGUUUAGUGUUUGGAAACACUGGAGAGGAGAGUUUGUCUUGCACUGGAAUAAGUAAUCUAUUAAAGCAAACAAGGAGACACCCUCACUGACCUGAAGUGCUCCAAGACUCCAGUUCAGCAGCUCAGCUGGAUUCUCCCAUGGUGGAAAAGGGUGGGAAGAAAACAGUGAUAGCUACAGAGGCCUCCAGUCCCCAAAGACAGUGCUCUAAUAAAGCUCACCAUCCAUCUGUACUUCAUAAGUUUUAUUAAUAAAAGACUAAUGCAUCACAAUCUCACCCAGAAGUCUUGGCUGGGUUUGCUAUUGCACUGAAGUUUUCCUUUUCCUGAAGUGAAGCUGCAGCAGCUCUCUGCUCUCCCAGGGGCUGAGCUGCCCCCAGUACACAAGUGGGUGCACCAGGUGUUGGUAACUUGAACUGAUGGACUCCAUGAAGCAGCUCUGGCCCGUGGGGAGCUCGGGUUUGUUUCACAAGACUGAUUCUAGGUAAGUCUAGUAUAAGGCAUUCGAGAUGACUACAUGGUACAAACUAGAACACCAGACCUCGACAGCCAAAACAACAGUUGUAGCAGUUCCACAACAUGGACUCAUUUCAGAACAAAGAAUAAAGUUGCUGUGCCCAAUUGG